GAUACACUAUAUAUUAAUUAAUAAAACAGUUACACAAUUAUUAAUAUGAAUUAUAGUGUAGAAACACAGGAUAAAUAUCUUCUCCUCCUGAAAAUCCAUACACCAAUUCUUGUUUGUUUUGUCCCAAUUCCUGUGGAAACACAGUCUGCUCUUUCCUUACAUGGCACAAGGCCAUAUCCUUCCCUUUCUAGCCUUAGCUCAACACAUGGCGCAAAAGGGCUAUGCCAUCACACCCCUCUCAACAUCAAGUAACUCCACAGAUCUCUUCCUCCAUCCUCCAACAACAUUAAGCUUGUUGAAAUCCCCUUCAACAUCUCUGAUCACGACUCUGAAAACUCUCAUCCCCUGCCUGCCCUUCAGAAACCUCCUCUAAAAUCUUAUCCAAGAACAUGGAGGUGUAGUUUCAGACAUGUUUUUUGGUGUAGCGCAUUAGCUUGGGAUCUUCCAUGCAAUUUCAGCACUUGAGGGGGGUUUGGGAUGGUUUGUUUCUACUCAGAGUCCCAUAAAGUAUUGAGUUCCCUGAAGCUGGGUGAUGAGGGAAUUUGCAUAAUUACCAAAAUGCCCCUCCUAUUUUGGGCAUAAUCACCACACCCAAGGCAGUAAUCAUGUCUGCACCUAUAACUGAGCCUAUGACUGAGCCUGGUGGGGCCCACUGCACAGUUGCAGCAGCGGCGGCUGCAGGUCCGACAGAGGGUGACGUGGCGCACCCUCACUGGUGCCACGUGUGGUGCUCGCAGAGGGUGCCGUACCAGUAUAAAUACCCUCAUUUAUGGUAUUUUAAAUACGUUUUUAACUAUCUACUUUUACCGCCAAUUUGUGCUCUAAUUCGAUCCCGUUACCUUAUUAUUCGAUCCCAUUCUUUCUGACUUAAGCAUCGGAGGGCCAUCGCCGAGGGCCUCUCGGCUAGUCUGACGUUUGCUGUGUUCUCAGGAUCCGCACCAGGUAGCUUGAAAGAGGGAGUUAGCGAUCACGACCCGGUUGCUCGACCUAGCGACCCCGAUCCGGAAAUCCUGAUUUUGAGCGACCUACAUCACUGGGAAAUUUCAUGUCACUCAACUAUUUGCUGCUGCUCAAAUACCAGAGGAAGAUGACCUUUUAACAAAUUUCCUGGGGAAUUCAGAUGGGGGCUGCUUCUUAAUAUAGUUGAAAAGCUCAACAAGGUUGCAACACCGUAUCUUCAGAGGAAAUUAGGAUUCCUGUUUGGUCAAUUGGAUCUCUAUUAUUAUCAGAAGAAGACCGGGCAAGAAUUGGCAGGCAAUCAACAAUUAGUCCUGAGAUAUAUCCAGUGGUUGGACCAGAAAGGGCCAAAUUCCGUGAUAUACAUAUCUUUUGGCUCACAAAACACAAUCUCGGCUUCACAUAUGGAGAAGCUGGCAAAAGCCCCCGAAUGCAAGUGGCAGGAAUUGCAAAUGGGUUGUUAGGCCGCCAUUCGGAUUUGACACAAGUAAAGAGUUUGUGCUACAAGACUGGUUCCCAGAAGGGUUCUUGCAGUGUGUUCAAGAUCAAGAAAGGGGAUUCAUUGUCAAGAAAUGGGCACCCCAGGUGGAGAUUUUGGCGCAUAAAUCCGUGUCUGCAUUUGUUACAGUAUUGUCCGGAACUAGUAAAAGAGAUCGCAGCCGCAAGAUUCAGAGAGAUGACAAUCGUCAGAUCAAGGGCACCGACCAGAUGCAAACCUAUGCCGUUUCUAGAAAUUGGGGGUUAUUGAUCCCAGGUCAUGCAACGUCGUGCUGGGAACAAAUUACUGCAAAUCGAAGGGCGCUACUCAAGCUCAUCCAACGGCUAAGAAAUCACUUGGUCGUCACCAACUGCGCACUACCCAUCCACAGCCAUGGCAGAGCUCAGCUCCAGCACCUUCCAACUCAGGCCGUAACACAACACCAUUGUGGAUGGAAUUCAGUGCUGGAAUCACUGAAAAAUGGUUGGCCGAUGCACGCUGAUCAAUUUUACAAUACAAAGUGGUUGGUCGAGGAGGUUGGAGUGUGCGUGGAAGUGGCUAGAGGGACUAGUUUCGAGAUAAAGGAGAAAGAUAUUAUGGAAAAGAUUGAGUUGGUGAUGGGUGAAAACGAGAAAGCAAAAGAAAUUAGGAGGAAAGCUUGUGAGGUUAAAGAGAUCAUGAGAGAUGCCGUAAGGGAUGAUGGAGAUUACAAUGGUUCCUCUGUGAAAACCAUGGAAGGUCUCUUCGUAGCUGCACUACAAGGGAGGGAAAGGGUUACUGCUGUUAGCCAAAGCAAGUAGGUCUCUAAGCAAAUAGGAUUACUUGCAAGAACAGAGUAAGAUUGUGAAAUUUGGUUGCUAUUUUCACAAUAAAUUGCAAAUGUAGUUGGUUCUAAACAUUGAAAUGGAAUCAAAUUUCAAGUGCUCUUGCUAAUAAAGCCUGAAACACUAGUCUACAUGGUUCUCUUUGCAUAAAUAUUGAUAAAGGAACAAGUACACGAACAUCACCAUCAUCCAUUGUGCUUGGUAGAUCAAAGAGAAAUUUGUAAUUUGAAGAGUUGUUUGAUACUGAUUCCUAAACCCCAUGAAGCUCAGUGUAAUUAUAUUGAGAUAUCAUUAUAAAUCAAACAAUAUAUAGUUAUUCCACCCACAUUAUUCAAUUAUUUCAUCUUUGCCUCCAAUAUUUGCUGUUUUAAUGAAAAUCGAUAGCAUAGCAUCCUGAGAAAAUUUUCCCUUCUUUUUUCUAUUUUGGAAUGUUAUAAUUCAAUACCUGAUUAUUU